AUGUAUGUAUCCGAUGAGCAUCGCCUUUACCGAAGGGCGCGCAGAAAGUUUUCCUUCAAGACCUAUAUCUUGUUUGUUCUGUGGCUCAUUUUGGCUCUGGCCCAAUGGCUGGUGAUAGUCUUUAUAGAGGGUGGAAGGAAAACCUUCAGGUCGCUGUACUACAUCUCUCUGGCGACCUUUGCACUGGCCAUCAUAAUAUUCGCGCUCUUCAUAUUCAUUGAGAAGUUGCGCUUCAUUAAAGUGCUCAACUUUAUCAUAUCACUGAUAAUAGUGGAGCUCCAGAUCAUAUCCACAUUUGCCCUGGUUGCCCUCAGUUGGUGGGCGGAUGUCCUCACAUUUUUUGGAGUGUCCUUGAUAUUGGUGGUAAUCUUUCUUGUGAUAGGAGUGUUUCUACCAUCACGAGCGGACCUCACUCUAGAUAUAGCAGUUUUAUUUAUAUUAGCAUUUCUCUUCCUGAUUGUGGCCAGUCUGAUACUAUUAUUUGAGCUACUUGUGAGGAAAACGGUUCCCUAUGCCUAUGCAGUGGUGGAAGUAUCUGUAACCAUUACGAUUCUACUGUUCGUAAUGUACCAUGGCCAAACAAUUAAUGGAAACCGCUUUGCUGAGAUGCGACUUAACGAUUUCUUCCUGGGGUCGCUAAUUCUGUUCCACGACUUCCUUAUCAUUUUCUGGCUGACAUUCUACUGGCAGAUCCAUUAUAGACCUAUCACAGCUGAUUCCUGGUUAGAUACAUCUACACCGUAUUACAAUACCACAACCGAAAGAAGCGAUAAUUAUUAUAGACAUCUUGACGGUGGAGCAACACAACCUCCGUGGGGAGAAGAUUGGUUCACCAGAGGAUUCGAUGACAGUUAUGAUAGUGAUGCAAAUGCAAAAGGCUAUCCCGAGAUACCAAGCGGCAGAGGAAAACCAGGGAAUCGGAACCCCAAUGACAGGGGCUUCACAAGAGAUUGGUCAGUCUACAAUGAAAGGCCCAAAAAUGGAUUUGGAAGUCGCGGAAGGUCCCGAACUAAAAGUCCGGAACCAAAAGUAGUACACCACAGCCAUCGUAAGCCUGAGGAAUGGGACCCUGAGUACAUUACGCAAGGUGUGGAUAAGGUGGUGCCCUUUGAUGACCGAUAUGGCGAAAAUUCAAAAGACGUCCUAGGAGAUGACGAAGUGCAUCCGAUUCACAAGGAGGAUGAUGAUAGCGAUGAGCCCAUUAAUGUUCACUCGGGACAGCCGAUUGAUAAGUUUUAUCAAAUACCCAAUACUAAACCCAUAGAUGCUGGUAAUGCCGCAGGAAAAUCGGCCGCUGGCUUUGGUGAUCCAACCGUCAAUUUUCCUCCGGCAGACCACCAGCCAAAUGCUGAUCCCUCCUGGCAAAUCCAUUCGUCAACCGAAUCUCCUCAUAUAUAUAUUAUUUCUAAGGCGAGACCCUCCAGCAAUCAAAAAUACAUUCCGGGUGCUGAGCAUUCUUAUUCUACGAGCAAUAAUCAACAAAAUGAUGCUAAAAAUGAAAAGAUUGAAGGUUUUACUAUUGCUGACGAGAAAAGUGAACCGAGUCUUCGGCAGAAUAAUUUUCUGGAAAGCUCGAAGAUGUUUACAGAAAGGGAAUACAACUUGCAAAAGGAUGAAAUGAGUGGACUAGCCAGAGAUCAAUUUGCAGAAGGACGAAAAGACUUUCGUGGAGUAAGCCCACCUCCAUGGGAAGAGCUAUCUGAAGAUGAAAUCCGAAAAAUAUUGGACCAUAGGAUCCAUGAAGAUAAGUAUCGCCCAAGUGCAGACCGUUGGGUUGAGCCAUUAAUUACCAGAGAGCCUUAUGCAAUAAACCUUCCGGACUAUGAGAAACUUGUAAUGAAUGCCAGUUCGAGCAUAUUGCAAUAG